AAUGUUAUUUGAUGUUAUAUUGACAGACCGAGAAGCAUCCAUCAGUAAUUUAGGUAUUAAACUGAUUUAUUUUAUGGAUUAUCAUUUGGAUCCUCAAAUCUUAGCCAAACUGGUGGGUUUUGAGUAUGAUUUCAAUUCUAAAUAAGUAAAAAUAUCAUUUUCAUAUUUGGUUACUUAAGAAGAUUCUUGGUAAACAAAAAAAGGGCAUGAAGCUUAAAUUUUUGAAUCAGUUGCAAGUUUUGAGUAUCAAAGUAUUAAUUUGUAACUCUAGCAAGAUUUAUAGAUUUAUUGGAAUCCAUUUACAAACAUCAAGAAAAAAUUUCUCACACUUAGACAUUAUGUACAUUUUGUUGUAAAAUUAAUUUCAAAGCCACUAAAGGACCAUAAAAAUCUCGGUUUAGAUAAUCAACUCUUAAUAAAAAAUUUAAAUCAAAAGCUUCCUACUUCUCUGCUGAUAGACAAUAUGCACAAUCUAAAUUUUUCUCUGGAUUAAAAAAAAGAUCAAAUACUUAUAUUUAUUAGGUAUAAUAUUGCUAUUAAAAUAAUAUAUUAAGUACACACAUACUAGCACUACAAUAGGCUGCAAAUCCUUAAUUUUGCAUAAAAUUUCACGCUAACAGAGUUAGCCAAUUAUCUAUCAAAGAAAAAAUAAAAAAGUUAAAUUUUACACAGAGUCAUCAUAUAAAGAUUUUAUAAUAAUUAAGGAGUGAUCAAGAUUGCGUUCAGACCUAUUCACUUCUCUUAAUAUUUAGCUAAAAACUAUCCUUAUUGAUGCUUAAAACAGGAAUAACGAGAUAUAUUAAUGAUCAAUAGCAUAACCUAUAUUAGGAAAAGUUUUUAUUCUAUCUUGAAUUUUUAAUGCAAAUAUUGAAUAUGCUUCUAGAUAGCCCAUUUUACCUCAUUUACUAUCAAAACUAUACCUAAACAAUGCCUGAGUUUCAUAAUUAAAAAAAAGAAAAAGAAAAAUUUUAGUGUAUAGCUUGGAGUAAAGUCAUAAUGAAUAAUAAGAAGAUCUCUAUGAAACUUUUGCUAAAGUUAAAGGUGUGGAAGAAAGAAUAUUUAGAAUAAUUAUUGAAAUUAAAAAAAAGAAGAAGAUUUAAGACUGUCUAGGAUUUCUUUCAGAUAAUUUAAAUCUAAUACAUCUAGAAAAAUACUUCUAACAAGAAGAAAAAUUUAGAAAAAGUUGAUUAGGUAUAGAAUUAGUAUAUGGUUUGA